GUAUGUCGGUAUGAUCUAAUCAGGAUAUACUGUAAUGUCCUUGCAAAUAUGCUACAAUGGGCAGUGUCCCCUUCUCCUCUCCAAGCUCCCCCGUCACCUCCCUAUCUCUCGUUUCCGGGAGGCAUGAGAACCCCUCGAGGACCUUUCUUCGCCACCCCGAGCAUGAACACCCCUAUGGUCCACAUGAAAAGCAAGGUAAUCCACACAUCACCUACCACGCGGGUGAUCCUCUGGUCCAAAACGACAGUAGACCUGCGCUGGAGCUGGAGCUGACCUGCCCCAGGACCAGGGGGAGGGGGGCUGAGCCGGCCUUCGGGCGUAGGCGUAAUAGAGGCGUCCCAUUCCUCCGGGUCAGAGGGAGGAAGCGGGAAAAGCUCAUCAACCCAGAGGAGGAUCAUCAGUACCCAUUCGACCCAGCCUGCGAUCCCCUUCCUCGGCAACUUGCCGCUCGUGCGCUGGUCGACCGCCUUAUCCAGAAGGUCGAAUGUCGACGGCGGAGCAUGCUUCAGCGCCCCAAGGCUGAGUAGUGUUUCCCUCUCCUCGU